AUGGCCGCACGGGGGUCCCAACAGCUGCGCCCAGCGGACGGCGCCACGCUGCCUGCGCUCGGGCCCCGCGCGCCGCCGCCGCCCGCGCCCUUGGCGCCCCUCACGGGCGCGGCCCCGCCGGCGUCGCAGCGCCGAAAGCGCACGUCGUUCAGCACCGAGCAGCUGCGGCUGCUGGAGCUCGUCUUCCGCCAGACCGCGUACCCCGACAUCCACCUGCGCGAGCGCCUAGCCGCGCGCACCCGCCUGCCCGAGUCGCGGAUCCAGGUGUGGUUCCAGAACAGGCGUGCCAAGUCCCGGAGACAGAGCGGGAAAUCCUUUCAGUCCACAGACAGGCGGGAGCUCUUCCUCCACCACUCAGCUCCUGAGGCUGAGGCAAAGUGUUUGAAGCCGCAGCCCUCUCUUGAGGUGGAUGUGAACUGCCUGCAGGAUCCCAGCUGGGCUGGAGGGGGCGGUUCUGACUGUAGCUCCCAAGCCCAGAAUUUCGAAACCUAUUCCACUCUCUGUGAAGAAGUUGGUUCAAAGCUGGACUCGUGGGAGGAGCAUAUCUUUUCCGCCUUUGGUAGCUUUUGAGAAUCUGAGAGCAUUCAGGAUAAGCUCAGCGGAGGGGUCAGAACCCGGGAGACGCUAGGGCACUGCCCCACCUGGCUUUCCUGUCAGGACAGGUCCUUGCUGACCCUGACUGGUGGACAGCGUUUCUCACUGUCCAAGCUUCCUCUUAUGCCAGUGACUCCCCAUAGGUCUCUGUGUACCCAUCCCAGCCACCCAAGGGCUCUGGUGUUCCUCUGUACCUGUCUGUCUCCAGCUCUGUGUCCCUAUGGCCACACGCUAGACCUGUGCUGUUUUUUGGAUUGGUUGUUCAGACUCACGCUCUUCGCAAGAACCCUUUGGCUCAACUCAGGUUCUCUUUGUGCCUGACAGCUGCUGUCUUCCCAUAGUCUCGCCAAGGCUUAUAACCUUAAGCUCACUCUAUCCCAUGUCCUCUGCCCUUAGCUGUCAUGGAGAUUUCUUUCUUUUUUAUUUGAAUUUGUUAGGGCGUGUUUGCAGUACAUGAUGCUUGUGCUCAUCUCGGGAGUUGGCGCGUGUGCACGACCCACCCUAGUUCCUUCACUGCCCCGUCUCCUCCCCGCCUCCCUCCCUCCAUCUCUUCUUCCUUCAAAGUGAGUUCUUUAUUUUUUAAUCGACAAGUAAAAAUCCGUAUAUAUUUAUGGCAUACGUGAUGUGUUGAUGUCUGUGUACAUUGUGAAAUGGCUAAUUGAGCCACUUAACAUGCAUUGCUGCACAUACUUAUUUUUGUGAUGAGAACCUAAAGUCUACUGUCUUAGCCCCUUUCAAGUAUGUAAUAUAUUAACUGCAGUCUUGAUGCACAAUAAAUCUCUCAAACA